AUGUCCCAAAGAAACCCUGAGUCUGGACCACAGUCCCCACCUCCCCCAUACUCCGCACCCGCCAUAACACAGACACCUUUGUCGUCCCUCCAAUACAACGAGGCCAUCCUUCAGUGCCAAGACACUACAUUGGAAAUUGACAAGCCCGGCAUCAACACAAGACAGUCUUCAUAUAACAAUGAAAAGCUCAACUGUCAGUGCGAACGUCACGCAAGGGAAACAGAAGAGCUGGAUCUCCUGACACCAAAACACGAGAUUUGCAAGGAAGACGGGGAAUGGAAAUGGGAGACAAAAAGGGAGGAUAUCAAACGGAAAUGGGCGACGAAAAAAGCGGAUGUGAAACAAAAAUGGGAGAAGGCAAAGGACGACAUGAGAUUGAAAUGGGCAACGAGAACAAAGGGGGAUGGGGCGCACUCCUAUGCUCCAUUGAAUGAGAAUGUGAAAGGAAGUGGGGAUAGGAGUGGUCCCAAUGUGAUCUCAGGGAAGAACGCAAAGUCGAAGGAGAAUGUGAGGUACACCCGGGCGGCCCUGUCGGGGAAUACCGACACCACAUUAUUAGCUGCCAUGGUUUCGGUUGCACUCUUCGCGAGUUUUGUUUUUUAA